AUGUCUUGCAUCUAUGACAAAUGUCCUCACAGUACAUAUCUGAAGGAAAUAUGUAAAACUGAGCUGAAUACCACGAUCUAUGUGUACCACUUUCGGUGCUUGUUGGCUGAAGUACUCAAUGUAACCAAUCAAACAGAGGUUUUAGGAUGUCAGAACUUCGGUGAUGAAAUUAAUAAGGUGAUAAAGCUAUGGAACGAUUUGCCACUUGAUCCAACAACUCCAGAAACAGCAGUGUCUUCAACAACUCCAACAAAGUCUACACCAGGUACAUCAACAGAAUUUUCACCGACUACUUGGACAACACCUUCAUCGACUACGACAACAUCUCCAUCAACUAAACCGACAAAAUCUUCAAUAACAUCUUCAUCCACCAAAUCGACAACAUCUUCAUCAAGUAAAUCGACAAAAUCUUCAGCGACUGUGAUAACAUCUCCUUCAACUAAAUCGGCAAAAUCUUCAACAUCUUUAUUAACUUAUUUGACAAAAUCUCCAACAACAAAAUCUCCAUCAGCUAUAUGGGAAAAAUCUUCCACGACUAUCACAACAUCUCCAUCAACUAAACCGACAAAAUCUUCAAUAACAUCUUCAUCCACCAAAUCGACAACAUCUUCAUCAAAUAAAUCAACUAAAUCGACAAAAUCUUCAAUAACAUCUCCAUCAACUAAACCGACAAAAUCUUCAAUAACAUCUCCUUCAACUAAAUCGACAAAAUCUUCAAUACCAUCUCCAUCAACUAAAUCGACAAAAUCUUCAAUAACAUCUCCAUCAACUAAACCGACAAAAUCUUCAAUAACAUCUCCAUCAACUAAAUCGACAAAAUCUUCAAUACCAUCUCCAUCAACUAAACCGACAAAAUCUUCAAUAACAUCUUCAUCCACCAAAUCGACAACAUCUUCAUCAACUAAAUCGACAAAAUCUUCACCGACUGUGAUAACAUCUCCUUCAACUAAAUCGGCAAAAUCUUCAACAUCUUUAUUAACUUAUUUGACAAAAUCUCCAACAACAAAAUCUCCAUCAGCUAUAUGGGAAAAAUCUUCCACGACUAUCACAACAUCUUCAUCAGUUAAAUCAACAAAAUCUUCAACAUCUUCAUCAACUAAAGUAACAAAAUCUUCUACAUCUGCAUCAGCUAAUUUGAAAAAAUCUUCAACUGCGUCUCCAUCAACAAAAUCCUCAACAGCUACAACACCUUUAGCAACUACGGCAGGACCAAAACAAGGGGCAGGAUCAAUUCAAACAGAAACUAAAAAAGCCACUUGUUUAGCUUGCCCUGGAAUUUCUUGUGGUAAGAUAAUGCACUUUAUAUGA